AUGGCAGACGAGCACACGGCGCUAUUGCCUCCUGGCAAGGACAACGAAGCUGGUCAUAUCAAAGGCCUGCUGCCUCCCAAUUCGGCUGUCGAGGUUAUCUCGCGCAGUGAGACGUGGAUCCUCUUGAGAGCGACGCGGACGAUUGCGAUCACUCAGCUGCUGGAAUGGUCCCUGUACAGUGUCUCUGUCUUCCUCCUCGGCCAUCUCGGCACCAAAUACUUGGCGGCCAGCACAAUCAGUCUGGUCACCUUCAAUGUGCUCGGCAUAUCUUUGAGCGUCGGCUUCAGCGGAGCGCUCGACACGCUAUGUCCUCACUCGUGGGCUUCCCACCCAAAGGAGACAAGUCUACACGCACAGCGGAUGCUCUUCAUGCUGCUUUCACUCGCUAUCGUACAAUGUCUCGUCAUGUCACUGGCAGCAGAGAAAAUCUUCCUCUUCCUCAGGCAAGGUGAAGAAAUCUCCUACCUGGCUGCCAAGUACCUGCGCGUUCAGGGAUUCGCCAUCUUUCCGAUGAUCGUCUUCGAAGUGCUCAGGAAGUACCUUCAGAGCAUGAACCUCAUGCGUGCCCCCGCCAUCGUCAUCGCUUGUAUAGCGCCCAUCAACAUCGUCUUGUCGUACCUUCUCGUCUCUGGACCCGUUGAAGCCUUGCGCAUCGGCUACCUGGGCACUCCCAUAAGCUAUCUUAUCACGAGCAGCCUGUCUGCUGGACUGCUUGCAGCAUACGCCGGCAUGCAUGCGCGCGAGGGCCACACUGGCUUCACAGCCCGCGCCUUGACCAACUUUGGACAGAUGACCAAGCUGGGGCUAGCAAGUCUUGCUCAGACAGUAUCAGAAUGGUGGACUUGGGAAGCCAUCUUCCUCAUGUCAUCGCAAUUAGGCGCGGAUUAUCUGGCCAGCAUGUCGGUCUGCAUCGCUACCGCAACCUUGCUCUACCAACUGCCAAUGUCGCUCAACAUCGCAGCCUCUGUGCGUGUGGGCAAUCUACUCGGCGCAGAGCGACCAGACCUCGCAAAAGUGUCUGCAAAGACAAGUAUGAUCAUCUCCGUCCUCAUUGGCGUUUUCAGCGCCAUCGUCAUCUUCUCUCUGCGGAACCAGUGGGGCAGAGUGUUCGCGAGCGACCCAGAGGUCAUCGAGAUCGUCGCGAACAGUCUGCCUCUCGUCAGCGCUUUCCAAGUCUUCGACUGUCUGGCGGGCGUCACUGCAGGCGUCCUGCGUGGUGCAGGCCUGCCAUGGAUCGGUGCGUGGCUCAACGUCGUCUGUCUGCUCGGAAUCGGGGUACCUUUGGGCGGCGUGCUGUGCUUCACCGCGCACCUCAAGAUUAACGGUCUCUGGCUCGGAGCUUCCGUGGCACUCUUCCUCAGUGCGACUGCUGGCACUAUCAUUGUGAACCGAAUCCGAUGGGAAGACCACGUCAACAUCGUCCAGCGGGAAGGCCUCACCGAACCAGAUGCAUCCGAAUCACAGGCUUGA